AUGUCCACCACUCCGACUCUCGUUAGCAGCUCUAGCACCCUGUCAUCGAGCGUUGCGUCUGUGCCGCUGCAUACUCCCAUACUCAAUCGCAGCGACCCCCUCGACAGGCUUGAGGAUCUCUACUACAACAACCAACUGACUCCACCAAAGGCAGCCCAUGGCAAGAGCUUACAUUCCAUGGAGCAGGCGGCGAAUCAGCUCCUUGCUAAUCUUUCCUCUCAAUGGGCGAACUUGUCUGGGCUACAAAAGUCAAUGUUGUCGUUCCUCCUCCUCAACAGCCAGGAUGUCCUCUUGCAGCAGCGCUUCCCGCAGACCUGGACGGAGAUGCUCAACAACUCCUUGGACCUCGAGAAGGUCGAAGGAAAACGCCUUCAUCCAUUUGUAGUGAGUGGAGGUGACUCCAAGGACAGUCAAGAUGAGCAGCACCCUGAUUAUCUUGAACUUUUCUUGGAAUAUUUCCCUCGAUUCAAAGACUGGGAGACAGGUCCAACCAUCUUCAACAACCCGGACUGA